AUGGCUGGCACCGGCAUCCACCAUUACCACCAACAAUGGCCACCGGCCGCCGCUCCUCCUCCUCCACCUACCGCCGCUCCUUCUCCUUCCUCCGAAGAGGUUCGAACUAUAUUCAUAACGGGACUUCCAGAAGAUGUGAAAGAGAGAGAAAUUCAGAACCUACUUCGAUGGUUACCUGGUUUUGAAGCUUCUCAGUUGAACUUCAAAGCUGAGAAACCUAUGGGUUUUGCUCUUUUCAGUUCUUCUCGUCAAGCGAUUGCUGCCAAAGACAUUCUUCAGGAGAUGCUGUUCGAUCAUGAAUCCAAGUCUGUUCUUCACACUGAGAUGGCAAAGAAAAAUCUGUUUGUUAAAAGAGGAGCUGAUACAAAUGCUUUUGAUCAAAGUAAGCGGUUACGAACAGCAGGGGAUUAUACACAUACUGCUUAUGUAACCCCAUCUCCUUUUCAUCCUCCACCACCGCCUGUUUGGGGACCACACGGAUAUAUGGCACCACCUCCUCCUCCUCCUUAUGAUCCAUAUGCAGGCUAUCCUGUUGCACCAGUACCAAUGCCUGCUUCAGUUUCUAUAGCUGCGCCUAGCAGUUAUGUUCCAGUUCAGAACACUAAAGAUAAUCCUCCUUGCAACACCCUGUUUAUUGGGAACUUGGGAGAGAACAUUAAUGAGGAAGAAGUGAGGGGCCUUUUCACUGUACAACCUGGUUUUAAGCAAAUGAAGAUUUUAAGGCAGGAGAGGCAUACAGUCUGUUUCAUUGAGUUUGAAGAUGUGAAUAGUGCUACAAAUGUGCACCACAAUCUACAGGGUGCUGUUAUCCCAAGUUCUGGUUCAAUUGGCAUGCGGAUACAAUAUUCCAAAAAUCCAUUUGGGAAAAGAAAAGAUGGGAAUGCCCCUAUUGCUGUUUCUCCUGGUGGCAACGGAGCCCCAGUAGCAAUGGCUUAUCAGUAG